AUGAAGCUCACCCUACUGAGCAUAACGGCAACUGCCGCUAUAGCGAGUGGUGAUGUACAUCUUCAGUCUCGUUCCGCUGCACCAGUAUGCAGCGAGUCAGCUUCGACAUUGUCUCUUAGUGACCCGCCCUAUACCAACUACUUCUACUCCGACUGCAAUGUCGCCGCCCAGGCAGUGGUCACCACUCCUUCGUCGGACAGCAAUCUAUCUACCAUCAGUCCACGUCUACUGAUUGCCUGGCCCGCGGGUAAUAGCGGUAUAUGUGCAUACUUUGCGCCGCAGAAUGGCGUCAACGGCACACUAUCCCUUGAACUGGUAAACUCGACAAUCGGUCAGCCAUUGGCACCUGUCUAUAAUGCCUCAGCAUCAGCAAGCACGUACCCAAAUGUCGGGGUCCAGGGCAUCAUACGCUUAAACUCGUCUGCAACCCUCUCCUUACCCAUCCUGGGAAGUAUCCGCACAAUCCGCGAUUUCGUAGAGGGUGCGAGUAUCGUCUACCCGAGUAUCCAGGACGCCAUCGAGUACACCUCCAACAGCGACGGAAGUGCCUCGCUCCAGCGGCUUUGGCUCGAUAAUCUCACUACUUCGUCUAUCUCUUUCUAUCCAUGGGCUAAUGGCACCAGCGCCAAUGGCGAUGGUAAUGUCACGGUUUCGAACCGCACUUUGAAUUUUGAGGCAGGCGAGUAUUUGUUCACGGCAGAAAUGAAUUACCCACAGCUGGAAUCGUUGAAGCCAGAUGCUGUACUCAAUAGCCAGUCUGCGAAUCUCACUACCGAGAUGCCCGACCAGACCACUGCACUCUCAUUUUUGUCGUACUCGGAAAAACUGCUUGCAGGGGCUUGGCGGUUUUUGACGUAUUUCGGGCGAGACUCGAUGAUUUCCGCCCUUCUGUUGGAGCCUGUUCUAAGCACUGGAAAUGGGACUGCUAUGGAGGCUGUUAUAGGUGCGGUGUUGGAGCGUAUUAACCGGACCGAUGGGAGUGUUUGCCAUGAAGAAACUAUUGGUGACUAUGCAACUUGGACGAACUUGCAGGAUAAUAUCACCAGUACUGCUAUGGUCGACCCGGACUACUACCUACCCGUCUUGAUGCAGAGAUACUUCUUGGAAAAUCCAACUGGCCAAGCUCGAGCCUCAGCCUUCUUCAACACAACGGCAGGAUCUAUCAACGCGGCGAACCAAAACCUGACCUGGGGCCAACUAGCCCUCAUAAACGCCGAGCGCAUUAUGCGUCUUACAGGUCCAUUUGCAGAAAACCAAACGAAAGAUAAUCUGAUCCAUCUAAAAGACGGGCAAAUUGUUGGCCAGUGGCGAGACAGUGAAUUUGGCAUCGGAGGAGGCCGUAUCCCCUUCGACGUAAACACAGCUCUCGCCCCAGCAGCUCUCCGCUCCAUAGCCGCGCUUUCUCGAAAGGGCAUCUACAAAAACAAACCCCAAUGGGGCCAAUUAGCAGACAAAUACGCCCAAAUCUGGGAGGACCAAACGCUUCAAUUCUUUGAAGUGACCAUCCCCCAGUCCCAAGCCCAAACCUUGGUCAAAUCAUACACAAACGCUUCUUCCUUUGCCGGACCAGAUCAGUCCUCCUCAAUUGACACAGACGUAUCAUUCUACUCUAUAUCUCUGGAUGGUUACAAUAAUCUCUCCAAGGUAAACGUGAUGCACACGGACGAUUGUUUCCGCCACUACCUCCUCAACACAACAAACGACACCCAACUCUCCUCGCUCCUCAAUUCCACCGCCACCAAUAUCCGGCGCACGUUCCCGGCAGGCCUGAUGACUGAUGUGGGGAUGUUGGUCGCGAACCCGGCAUUUGGUGAGGACGCCGUUUAUGCGCAGAAUUGGACGACGGGUGCGUAUCAUGGCACGGUUGUGUGGUCGUGGCCGCUGGCUAUGAUGGCGAAGGGCUUGGAGCUACAGAUGGGGCGGUGCGAGGUCACUGUCAAUUCAUCUACGUCUACUUCUGUGAAGAAGAAGGCAGCUGUGCCAGAUUUUUGCACGGAUAAUUCUGUCUUUGAUAAUGUGAAGGCUGCGUAUAAUGCGCUUUGGGAUUCUAUUGAGUUGAAUGAUGAUCAGCUCUCGACAGAGAUGUGGUCGUGGGUUUACAAGGAUGGGGCAUUUCAGGUGACGCAGUUGGUGGAUUUGCCGGCACCCCCUGGGGUUGGUGGUCAGACUGAAUCCGAUAUCCGGCAGCUUUGGUCGCUUGCAUUCCUGGCUGUUUCGAGGAAUAAAAAUUAUCAAUAA